AGGAAACGCCAAAUGGAGGAAAAAGAUCUCUAGGGGGCGGACUUUUUUUCGUUGGAGGCAUGCGUCCAGUUGGCCUCCCUGACAUCAACCAAGGGAAAGAAAUCCAACAGAAGCGAAGCGGUGAUCUUCCAAACACCCCUCCUUAUUUUGUCUCCCUCUUUGAUCCAACCACAAACACUGCUAUUUAUUCAGCUUACAAAGUUACACCCGCGCAGGCAACGAACCUUGGGAAGUUUCCGAGACCUAAUGCAAAUUGGAGGAACCCUCCAAAUGUCCCUGGUGUCAACGGUGCCUAUACUGCGGCCAACAGAGAAGCCAAAAGCAACUUCGGGGCAGUAGCAGUACUCACCAGAGGCCAUAUGAAUCCUUCUGCAAUCAAUUCCUUUGACAAAAAUUUCAUGAGGGCUACUUUCACUCUCACCAAUACUGUACCACAGUUCCAAGCAUCAAACAGCGGACCCUGGCAGGUUUUUGAGAGAAAGAUAAGAGAUUAUGCCAAAAAUACCUGUGGCAACCUAAACCGCCAAGGAACCCUUUACCUACUGACAGGCAGAUCAGAAAAGGGCCUCAACAACGUGCCGAAGCCGGUCCUUUCGGACGAAUUUACAGUGAAACAAAGACAAAUAAAACUAGUAACUCCUCGGGCUGUUUGGACGGCGGGCUGCUGCGUGUGGAACCAACAGGCCCAGUCCUUUGCAGUGAUGAGCAACAAUCAUUACGACAAAAACCAGCUACACCAGACACAAAUGAAAGUACUUGACGUACAGAACCGCUUGUCAUCGGGAACGCUUGUGGAUCUGUUUCCAGGAAAUGCAAAUUGUGCUCUAAACAACAUAGCAUUAUAAUGAUAACACGUCGAGAAUUAUAUACUGUUAACAGGUUGUAUGCAUCGUAAAAAAACUGUUCUAGAAAUUAUCAUUACUAACACAACGGAAAAAUUCGUUCCUUUCAUUAUAGAUACCACUAAGACAUGUAAAACCCUAAUUUGAAACAAGGCAAAUAUUGAGGUUAGCUUUUCAAUUUUAGCGCUUAGAGUUAGCUUGAGGAUCAACAUUAUACUUGUAUUCAUCACACCAAGAGAUCUUGGAUGAUUGUGCAAUAAAAUGAAUGCGGCCUUCACCUGCACGACAUUGUGGGUGGAAAAGCCGGCAAACUUCA